AUGGAAAUGUCAAAUCUCUACAGUUCAACCAGGUCAAAGUAUGGGCCUGAUUUAUCAAGAUCACAAUCGGCUCCUCCUCGAAUGCAAAGUGAUACCUUAACUGAUGAAUACGAACGUGGAAGAAGUAGAAGUAGGUGGCCGAUAACAAGAUCAAGAUCGUUAUCACCAUCUCGAAAAUCGUCCUCACCAUCUUCAUCAUCUUCUUCUUCACCGACACGCUGUCCGCUGGCAAUGACUGGUCAAGAUAUGUACCAGUCUUACGAUUGCUUGCUUUCACUAGAUUACACAUCUCCGAACGAUUCAUUUUUGUCGAGAGACUUCAAAAAGAAUUCGAAAGAACUUGGGUUAUCAAUGGAUGAUGAAAGAGACAACGAAGAACGACAACCAGCUUAUCCACUGUCACCUGGACGAGAAUCACCACACGAAGAAAUGAUAAGCUGGAGUUUUCUAAAAAGUAUGACAGAGGAUAAACUAUUGAAAGCUGACAAGAAAGGAGAUCUGCGGAAGCAAGUAUUGCUCACCAAUUUCGGAUUAAUUUGGCAAGCCUGGUUUUAA